AAUAUACGCACUAUCCCCUGUCUACUUCAUUUUCUAACUUUGACGAAGCUCGUCCAUCUAUUUUUGUCGAAAGCUGGAAUGCCACUCCUAUCCUUGUUCUUUAUAAGUUGAUCCUUGCUGCCGCCUUCAGAGUGUCGCAUCAGAGUCCAUGGUUGCAUUGGACUAGAUGGUGGACGGAGAUGAACCUAGAUGGGAAUGAAGCUGAGCCGGAUGUGGAAUGCGGGUCCAUCGACUUGAACGAUUGGUGGGCAAAGUUGGCAGCAAAAGCUUCCAACUUGGGAAAUUUGGUCCAACAUAAAG